AUGUACGCCAACAAGCUCUACCUUCUUGCCGCUCUCUCCGUUGUCGCUGCUCAGGACACUUCCGCCGCCGCCUCCGGUGCUGAUACCUCCAUGGCUAUGACCAUGGCUUCUUCCGCUAUGGAUACUGGUGCCGCUUCUGGUUCUAUGAUGACUUCUAUGGCCGCUUCCGGCUCGAUGGCUGCUUCUGGCUCGAUGGCUGCUUCCGGCUCGAUGGCUGCUUCUGAAUCUAAGGCUGCUUCCGAAUCUAAGGCUGCUUCCGGCUCGAUGGCUGCUUCCGGUUCUAUGGCUGCUUCCGGUUCUGCUAAGGAGUCUUCCGCCAAGGCCUCUGGUUCCGGUGCUGCCACUUCCGGCGCUGCCACUUCGUCUGCUGCUACCUCCAACGCUGGUUCCAGCAACGUCAUUGGCGGUGGUCUCCUCGCCGUCGCUUUGGCUGCCCUCCUUUAA